AAAAAAGUAAGCCUUCCAGCCACAGUAGGGAGAGUGCUAAAGUACAUACCAGAGUUAAAGAAAGAAGUAGAAAGACUGACACAGAAGAAAGAAAAUCUCACAUUAAGAUCUAUCCCUAAGAAAGAAUAUUCUGCUGAUUUUAAUAAGCAAACACUAAGAAGAAGAAUUCAGAAUUCUUUAUGCGAUUACCCUUUGGGUCGUCACACUUUAUUAGUUGUCUCAACAAAUCAAGUGGGAGAUAAAGAAAUCGUGAUUCAAAUAUCUAUUUUGAAGACCAAUAAGAGUUCGUUUGCUGAAGCUGUAUCAGAAUUAGAGGAGGAAAGACUUCUCCUACUGAAUGCAUCUUCUUUUCAAACUUUGGAAGAUAGAGUUUUCUACAAUUUGCAUUUUCAG